CAGAAGAAGAAAAAAACAAAGAAGCCGCUUACUACGAAAUUCUCGUGUGCCACGCAACCCGGACAACAAUUUACUCUCCUUUUGUCUCUCCCUCACUUGGGCGGCGCUCCUUCUCUUUCGCUUUUGUCUUUCCUAUAUAAUCCCCAUUCUCAAGUCUCAACAUCAUUCAUCAUUCAUCAUUCCACCGUUUUAUCUUCAAAUUGAUCGAAAAUGGUUAUAAAAGAGAACCCAAAUUCCAAUUCUAAUGAAAAUAACAACUCAAAUCUGGAAAUUCGGUAUAGGGGUGUACGUAAAAGGCCAUGGGGCCGUUACGCUGCCGAGAUCCGUGACCCGGGUAAGAAAACCCGUGUAUGGCUCGGCACUUUUGACACCGCCGUUGAAGCUGCCCAAGCUUACGACACCGCCGCCCGUCAGUUCCGCGGUUCCAAGGCCAAAACCAACUUCCCCUUCACCAUUACCCCCACAGCUAAGAGUAACAGUUCGUCCAAUGGGUCCGACUCGGCGACCAAUACUACUAGCACUAUUGAGUCUUUAUCACACGCGCCUUCGGUACACUUGAAUACCACGCGCCACCACGUGACUAUCGAUUGUGGUUUUGGAGUUUAUCCCUUUUUUGUGCAACAGCCACAGGUGGUGGGAUUUGUACCCCACGCGUUUCCUGUAUUUUACCAGCACGAUCUGAGUAUGAUGCAAGGCGCGUUUGAGUAUAGCGUAGCAGGUGGGGCCCAGAGUGAUUCGGACUCUUCGUCGGUGGUUGAGGAUUGUCAGCCCAGAACAGAACUCAAACUUGAUCUUAACUUGGCCCCUCCUAUGGAACUAUAGCCUCUUUUUUUAUUAUUAGGUCCUGAUAUGAUGUAAAUAAUGACGUCAAAUUUUGUUUUUAAUGUUUGCUUCAUACCAACAAACGUUUUGAAUCUCUCA